AUGAACGCAUUCGAAAGACUUGUUCGAAGAAAACAAAUAACAUCAUCAGUUACUGAAGGAGAUCCAAUAGGAUCAUUUAUUCUCGAUAAUAUUCGACCAUUAGAAACAACAAAACCAUAUUCAUGGUAUUAUGAUCAAACACAUGAUAAUCCAUGUCAAAUUGAAAGAAGAUCUGUUGAAGAUGUUCUUCCAUAUUCAGCUAUUUUUGCUUUUGCUAAUUGUUCAACUGGUUCAAAUAGAGGUCUUAUUGAUAAAAUAUUAAUUGAAGCAUCACUUAACCAUCCAUUAAAUGAAGAAUCAAUUAAAAGUUUUGUAAAAUCCAUACAAUAUAUAAAUGGACUUCAACGUACAAAAGUUUAUUUAAAUGAAAAUAUUUCAAUUGAAAACAGUUCAUUAAUUCGUUUAACAUCAUUAAAUUCAAUUGAUUAUAAUGCUUUUCGAACAAUUGAAUUUACGGAAAAUUUUCGUCCUGGUUCAAUUGUUAUUUUAAUUGAUAUUGAACGUGUUCUUUAUCGUUCAUCAAUUGAAGAACAAUCAGAUGGAAAUGGUUUUGAUGUUUAUUCAAUAUCAAAUUAUGGAAAACUUACUUAUUGUAGUCUUCAAGGACAAAUAUCUAUUUUAGAUAAAAUUCGUUUUAAUAAUGAUCUUAAACAUUCUUUUAUAAUUCAUUUAAAACAAGGAAAUUGGCUAAUGGAUUAUAUAUCAAUAAGACUUAAAAUUCAUUCAAAUACAAAACAAUUAGGAGAAUGGUAUGAUAUUUUUAAUCAUAUUAAAAAUUUAUCUCGUUUAAUCAUUUCAUCAUAUUUUGAUUUAAUUUUAAAUAAAUCAUAUAAAUUAAUAAAAGAACAUAGUUUAACAUUAAUGAAUCAAUUUAUUCGUUCAUCAUCAAUAUUUGCUCAAGAUUUAAGCCAAUCAUUAAUUCAAUUAAUAAGUAUUGUAAGAAAUGCUCGUUUACCAUUAUUAUUACCAAAUUUACGUGAACCAAAACCAAUUGAACAAAUUGAUGAACAAACAUUUGAAAAAAUACAAUUAACUCCGCCUUUAGCUGCUGGAUUACCACAUUUUGCUGCUGGAAUUUAG